UGAAAACCCAUCCGGCACUUAUAAAUCGAAGAAAUUAGGGCUUGAAAAUGGCGUAAAAGAAAUCCCCAAUUCUCGUUUGGCGGGAAGAAACAAUUGGACAAUCAUACUUUUAAACAUCCACCUUUCUUCUUUCGAUGUCGUUUCUCGAAGAAUUUCAGGCCAAUUUGGAAUCAUUGCCAAAUAUCAUACAGAGGAAGUAUGCCAUACUGCGGGAUUUAGAUAAAAGUUUACAAGUGAUUCAGCAGCAAAAUGAACAACGUUGUGGACAAGAACUUGAAAAUUUUAAGCGAGGAGUUAGAUCUGGUGCUAUUAUGCCUGACUCUUCACUUGCCAAAUACUCAGAUGAGGCACUUGAUGAGCAAAAACAUGCCGUUAGACUUGCUGACGAGAAGGUUGCAUUGGCUGUGCAAGUAUAUGAUUUGGUAGAUUCUCAUAUACAACAACUUGAUCAGCAAAUGAAAAAGUUCAAUGAAGAUCUUCAGCGUGAAAGAGAUAGCAAUGGUGCAACUGGUUCACUUCCCUCAAACAAUGAUGGCACUGCAAAAACUGGAAGGAGCGGAAGUGGUAGAGGAGGUCGCAAGAAGACAGGCCUUGCUGCAGCAGCGGUGGCAUCAGCAGCACCAGCAGUGCCUGCAAACCCAACAAGCAUGGAUUUAGAUCUACCAGUGGAUCCAAAUGAACCCACAUAUUGUCUUUGCAACCAAGUGAGCUAUGGUGACAUGGUAGCAUGCGACAACCCUGAUUGCAAGAUAGAAUGGUUUCAUUUUGGUUGUGUUGGUGUGAAAGAACAACCCAGGGGAAAGUGGUAUUGCUCUGACUGUGCCGGACUGCAGAAGCGCAGGAAAGGUAAGUAAUGCUUGAGAUAUUCUGGGAGUUUGUCCAGAUCCAGUGUGUUUGUUCUUCGAGGAACAAGCACUUGAUGAAAAGAUUACUUACUGUAUAAUGCCCAAAUCAUGUUUAGUUCAGUCAUACUCUGCGCUUGGAUUCGUCUUUGUGACAUAAUUUCACUUUUUGCAAUUUCUUUGCUCUCAUGUUAUAGUUUAGAUUGUUUUGAACCUUUCUCGAUCCAAAGGUAGAUAAAAAAAUUAGAAUUCAUGAAUAUAUAACAAAUGUUUUUUUAAGCA